AUGUCGACUAAUCGUGCUUCCGGUUUCAAGAAACCCAUUUCGUUUCUUUACAUUUCCGUGUUUGUUUUGUUGCUUUCCGUUCAGAUCGAGGCAGCCACCAAGAAGUAUCAAUUUAUCGUUGAGGUGAAGAACGUUAGCCGAUUGUGCCAUGCAAAACCGAUUGUCACUGUGAAUGGGAGGUUUCCCGGUCCUACAGUUUACGCUCGUGAAGGCGAUAGAGUUCUUAUCAACGUUACAAAUCAUGCCCAAUAUAACAUCUCUAUUCACUGGCAUGGUUUGAAACAAUAUGCAAAUGGUUGGGCAGACGGACCAGCCUACAUCACGCAAUGUCCGAUCAAAACAGGGAGUAACUAUGUUUACGAUUUUAAUGUUACGGGCCAAAGAGGGACGCUUUGGUGGCACGCUCAUAUUCUAUGGCUCAGAGCAACCGUAUACGGUGCUAUUGUGAUUUUACCAAAACAAGCGACACCGUUUCCCUUCCCAAGGCCUGACGGAGAACAUAUUAUUGUGUUUGGUGAAUGGUGGCAUGCUGACGUGGAAGAGGUUGUGAAGCAGGGCAAUGCUUUAGGUCUGCCCCCCAACAUGUCCGAUGCCCACACAAUCAACGGAAAACCGGGCCCACUAUUCCCUUGUUCCGAAAAACAUACUUUUGUGAUGGAGGUCGAGCAAGGAAAAAGAUAUUUGUUGAGGAUCGUCAACGCGGCCCUCAAUGAUGAAUUAUUUUUUGCCAUUGCGGGCCACAACAUGACAGUAGUCGAAAUCGACGCUGUCUACACGAAGCCCUUCACAACAAACGCUUUACUAAUCGCCCCCGGCCAGACAACAAAUGUGAUUGUUUCCGCCAACCGGACUCCGGGGCGGUACUUCAUGGCGGUCCGGCCGUUCCAGGACGUUCCGAUUCCGGUAGACAAUAAAACCGCCACAGCGAUCCUUCAAUACAAAAACAUUCCGACCACCGUCGUGCCGCUACUCCCCCGUCUACCGUCACCAAACGAUACCGAAUUUGCUUUAAGCUAUAACGAAAAGCUUCGGAGCUUAAACACGCCGAAUUUUCCGGCGAAUGUGCCGGUGAAAGUUGAUCGGAGCUUGUUUUUCACCGUCGGAUUGGGGAAGAGUGCGUGUGCUACGUGUGUGAAUGGUACUCGGCUUUCGGCAUCGUUGAACAAUAUAACAUUUGUGAUGCCGGAAACUGGUCUUCUACAGGCUCAUUACUUCAACAAAAAAGGAGUGUUUACCGUCGAUUUUCCCGACAAACCUCCGACGUUUUUUAAUUACACCGGAGCUCCGCUCACGGCGAACCUUUUCACUUCAAAGGGAACACGAUUGAGUAAAAUCACCUUCAAUUCGACGGUUGAAUUGGUGAUACAAGAUACCAAUUUGUUGAGCGUUGAAUCGCACCCUUUUCACCUUCACGGGUUCAAUUUCUUCGUCGUUGGAACAGGCGUCGGUAACUUCAAUCCGGCUACGGAUCCAGCUAAGUAUAACCUCGUAGAUCCUCCUGAGCGCAACACCGUCGGCGUUCCUACCGGCGGCUGGGCGGCGAUUCGAUUUAGAGCCGAUAAUCCAGGGGUUUGGUUCUUCCACUGUCAUUUGGAGUUGCAUACUGGAUGGGGACUGAAAACGGCGUUCGUGGUGGAAGAUGGGCCGGGAAAAGAUCAAGCGGUCCGUCCACCGCCGAAGGAUCUUCCGGCGUGCUAGCAGAUUCCCUGUAGAUUAUCCGAUUAUACCUCCAUCAGAAGUGGAAGGAGGUUAAGUUGCAUUCUAUUUGAGAGUUGGGACUUGGGAUUGGGAAGGAAUGAAACGGAAAAAAGUGAUGUCGUUUCAUGUGGAAUUCAUACUUUGAAGCUUUGUAGUUUGUAUUCCUAUUUCAAUUUG